AUGGCAGGCUCAAAACCCCUCCGCAUUUGGGCGCACCCCCAUACCCCGGUCCCGGCGGGGCGCUCCUUCACUCACCGGAGGACGCAGCCGCUCGGGGGGAUCCCCGAGAGCUGGAGGGGUCCGCUAAAGCGGAGAGGGCACGGUCGCCGGAAAGAUAGCUGCGGCUACCGGGAUGCCAGGCCAGGAGCCUGCCUCCCCAGCGCACGCGCCAUUGGUCGCCGGGCAGGCCCCGCCCCGUGGGCGCGCCCGGUGAAGCCCCGCCCCCUCGGGGGCUCCAGUGCCAGCGCAGCUCCCGCUCCACGUGCGCCCGGGACCCUGCCCCGGGGUCGCCCCUCGGGCGUACGUCUCCUCCGGGUGUGGGCCACGGCUCCUACAGCCCCCAUCACCCUGGUGCAAACAAGCGCCCGCUGCGCCGGCAGGACCCCACUCCGAGCUCGGAGGCGCCGGGAGGAACCAUCGCUGAAAGGCGCGUGUGGUGGCCGCGGAAGGCGACCUGCAGGUACUCUCAACAUCAGCACCAUCAGCACCUCAUCUGCAAAAUGGACAUUAGCUGGAAGCUCCCGCAUAAGGCUGCUGUGCGAGUUCAAUGAACUAACAGGCGAUGAGAACAACGCCGAAACGUUCAUUGUUAUUGUCUGCAUGCAAUACUACAUUAAAUAUGCAUAACCACUCUGUGAGGUAGGUACUGCUAUGAUUUCCAUUUUUCAUUAGGAAUUUAUUAAUUGAC